AAUUUUACUCUAUUUUCGUCAGUGUACAGUACAGUACAGGACAGAAAUGACUUGUCACUUUUUAUUGUGCAGGGAACAAUAAAGAUGUGGAGAAGCGUACAUAAAUAGUAUGGGACAUUUUUGUAAGGAGGAAUUCGCUUUAUGACGACAGUUUUACAACCACAUUGGCAUUAUUACGGUAGCGACAACAGUUUUGAUAUGUGUAAAAAUUUCUGGAAUUUUUAACUAUGCAUUGUUUAAACGGAAUGAACUUGAUUUUAUUUUUACGGGGUUGAUUGUUAAAAAUUGUGCAAGAAUUGUGCAUCAGUCCUUAAAUUCCUUUCGAGUGUAAUCAGUUUAUGUAACUUUAAGGAGGAAGCUACAUCAUAUUUCUGAAAGUUGUGUCUGUCUGUGCUGCGUGUAAGCAAAAUAAGAGGAAGAGUUCUCUAUUUUAGAAUAAGUAGUGUAUAUACUAAUUGUAAGUUUGGUUAUUUUAAUACUUUUGCUAAUGGUCAAUUAUGGUCGUGAACUUGACUGCGGAACUAUAAACAUGCAACGCGUCUAUGUACACAUGGACCCGAAUAACUAGAUAACUUAACUUGUUACCAUUUCGUGGCGCUGAUUUGUUUUGCUUUUGGUGCCAUGAAAUGAUAAAUGAUUGUUGACUUUGACUUUGAAGUUGAAGUGAAGUGAAGGAAGAACAAAAAGAAGAAUAGAUUUAGACAUCAUCAUCAGUUCCAUGAAUUUGUGGUCAAGUAUUGUAACCACCGACCGAUAGAUACCAAGGACGGAUUUUACAGGCAGAUAAUACGGAUGCAUACUUACUUUGAAGUUGGAUGGAUGGAUGGAAGUGAAAUUGUUGUGAUUUUAGAUAGAUCCAUCCAUUGAUAUUUAGUUUAGUUUAGUUAACUUCUGUAUGCUGGAUUGGAUUUCAUGGAACGGAUUAAAUUUAAUGGGUUGCAUGCAUGUGAACUUGUAAACUAGUUAAACUGCUUGGUACCUACGAUUCCAUGCUACAUAUGCAUGUGUUACAUAUCCAUUGCCGUUUCCAUUUAUCGGAAUUUCCUUGGUUUGGUAACAGUAGGAGAAAAACAAGCAGUCCGGACGGGACGAUAUUUUUUAAAGUCGGACAAAUACCAGUACGUCAGGUGUGUCCGAGAAGAUGAGUCAAUAAAUACUAGUCCAGUCUAGUUAAGAUAAGAUUACGUGCAGGGUUUUUAGUCAGAUUUCAAGUGCAGAGAAGAAGAUGAUGUGAUUUUAUAUAUAAUUCUGAGAAAGAGAAGUUUUUAGUUUUGCUAGCAGUGUGGAUUUUAUUUACAGUGUGAAUAAGUGUUUAUUUGUUCACGGUGGUAAUUAGCGAGGAACAAGUCUUGAACUUUACUUUGCCGAGUGAGAUUAAUAUGAAAUUCGCAUAAAUCUGUGACGUUAACCGGUUGUGUGUGUGUGUGAUAGUAGUUUUUUUAUGGGACACGUAAUAAAUCAAGAUAUCUGUCGGGAUUAAGUUAUAUGAAUUUUGUAACGGUCUUCAACGCGUUAACAUUUCGGAUUAUGAGACAAUAAGUGAAUCGUGACAACAUCUACGAGUGGUCACCGUCACAUUUUUUGUGCAACUUUGUGCGUCAGUGAAGUGUAAAAAAUUCUGCAGUCAUUUUUUAACUGAGAAAGAAGUGCAUGCAAAUUUACAAAAAUGCGAACCGGCAUCAUUUUACGUGGUGCGGUGUGUUUUCUUCUUCUACUGUUACCGGAUUCUUUUACCCAGGAAGAGGAGAACGAUGUGAAUGACACAGUUCCCAUCGUCAACGGCAUACCACCAGUGACGACGCCUGUGAUGACGGCAAGUCUGCCCCCACAUUCUUCACCCGCAACGCCACAAUUGCCCCUCUGCGUGACGUACGGGUCCUGUGGGGAAGUCGGGGGUGGAAGUAGUGAGACUGCUUGUGUCGCAUCGCACCCACCUCGACCCCUGGAACCAGACUAUAUCGACGUUUUAUCCGCAUUCUGUCCCGAAUUUUUGGAAGAACAAGACUCUCGGCUGUUUUGCUGCGAUGCGGAACAAGUCCUCUCGCUGGGGGAAAAGCUCGGCUUGGCGUCCGCCUUUGCGGGAAAGUGUCCCUCUUGUUUGCGAAAUCUACGCCAAAUGUUUUGUCAUCUGGUGUGUUCACCGAAACAGAGUGAAUUUAUGAGGGUGACGAAAACGGCCGAUUCGAAAUUGGAGUCCAACACUUCCGGUGAAUUUCUUCGAUAUGCAGUUCAAGGUGAUAUCUUCCUGGGUCAGGAAUACAUUGAGGAAACAUUUGAAAGUUGUAAGGGUGUGACGGCAGGAAGCGGGCUGGUCAUGGAUAUUUUUUGCGGAAAGUGGAAAUCUGCCGGAUGCAAUCCUAAACGUUGGUUUGAUUUCGUCGGGAAAUCGAGCAGCGGAGUGGUCGCGUUUGACCUGAAAAUUAACUUGCUUGCGAUACAAGAAGAGAAUUAUAAUCGGGAUGGAAAUGCGGAAAUGAUGAACUUUCUCAGCGUCAAUGGAAUGACACCGUUCGCAUUUAAAAAUGCGACACGAUGUGACCAAGCACCGCCGGGCGAAGUUGUCUGCGAUUGUGUCGACUGUGCCGCCAUGUGUCCAGUGAUGCCUAAACCGGAACAACACCGGUACUCGAGUUUCCUUACUUCCGACGGGAUGCUGUUCUUGAUGGGGGUGUUGGCCGGGUUAGGUUGCGUCAUAAUUUUGACUGCUGGGAUUAUUAUUUACGUCCAGAGGAGGAAGGCCAAGAAAAAUUCGUUCUCGUUUUCUCAGGAAAUGAAGUCCAAAUUGGAUUAUCCUAACGAGAAGAAGGUGGACCAUUCUUCAUCGUCUGGAAAUAACGAUCCCGCACUCAACAAUUUCUUUAAAAGGGUCGCAUUUUAUUGCGCGUCCAACCCCUGGCGCAUAAUUUUCUUGGAACUCAUCCUCAUCGCCCUUCUCACGUAUGGAAUGCGUUUCUCCUCUCUGGAAACGGACCCUGUCGCAUUAUGGACGCCACACAAUUCUCGAGCCAGAUUAGAACGAGACUAUUUCAACGAUAAAUUUGGCUCGAUCUACAGAAUUGAACAGCUUAUCAUUUCCGCGAGACCAGGACGUGUCAGCGUUGUCAAUUAUACUUCACCCGUGGAUGGGGCACAAACAUACGGACCAAUUUUAGACCCCGACUUCAUGCGGGGUGUGGCUGACUUGCAACGCAAAAUUCGAGAGAUUCGAACCGCGUCUGGUGUGACGUUGGAUUCCGUCUGCUUCAAACCUCUCUCUCCGUCCAAAGAGGAAUGCAUGAUUCUAAGUUACCUCGGAUGGUGGCAAGAUUCUCUGCCCAACUAUGCUCUGCAAGUGACCAACACUUCUGGGGACAAUUACCUCGACCACUUUUCCCUUUGCAGUGAUAAUUCCUACGCAGGAGGAUGCUUUGGUCCGUAUGGAGGACCCGUGUCCCCAUCAACCGUGUUGGGCGGCUUCAGUCGAACCAGUGACGGACAACCCGAUUAUAAAACGUCGCGAUCCGUCCUGGUGAAUUAUUUCGUGUCGGAUUUCGUGGAGAGGGAGAAGAACUUGAAGGCUCUCGAGUGGGAGGCGGCGUUCAUCGCAUUUCUCAAGAAUUACAGUGCCCUCAAUGCUGAGGGUUUGUUCGACGUGAGGUUCACCUCUGCGAGAAGUAUUGAAGACGAGAUUGGUGCGGCGAGUAGAGGCGAAGUCGGAACAAUUGCGAUUUCCUACCUCGUCAUGUUCAUCUAUAUUUCCGUGUCGUUGAGGGAUUCCUUCAACGUGUGGUCAGCGAGGGGGUGGUUCGUCGAGAGCAGGCUGCUCUUAGGAGUCACGGGAAUCCUUAUCGUGCUGACAUCGGUCUCCUCUGCCGUCGGACUUUUCGGUUAUUUCGGUCUACCCGCAACCCUAAUUAUUAUCGAAGUUAUCCCCUUCCUCGUCCUGGCCGUUGGUGUGGACAACAUUUUUAUCAUGGUGCAACAUUUCCAGAGAAGUCAGCCUGUGCCGUUAGAAACGAUGGAGGCACGCCUGGCCAGAGUUGUGGGGCACGUGGCACCCUCAAUGGUGCUGAAUUCUUGCACCGAUGCGGCCUGUUUCUUCCUCGGUGGCAUGUCUGGCAUGCCGGCGGUACGAGCAUUAAGUUAUUACGCCGGAGUUGCCCUCAUUUUUAACUUUUUGCUCCAAUUUACCCUCUUCAUCGCCGUGUUUGCAUUAGACACGAGAAGAAUGGAGGACAACAGGAUGGAUAUUUUGGUUUUUAUAAAAUUGAAAAGUGGGAAGGGCGAGGAACAAGAAGCUCUGACCAAAAAGAGAGGAAAGGGUAUGUUGUACACCAUCUUUAAAAAGGUCUGGGCCCCACUGCUCCUCUCAUUUCCGGUCAGAAUACUCGUUCUCAUCGUAUUUUUCGCGUGGGGAUGCAUUUCUCUCGCUCUGGUGCCCAGAAUUGACGUUGGGUUGGAUCCGGAAACCGUACUGCCAGAAGAUUCCCAUGUGUCACAGCAUUUUAAGGCCCUCUUGGAAAAUAGUGACACUGGUUUUCCCCUCUGGUUCGUCCUGAAGGCGACGUCAAAUCCUCCCCUGGACUUUUCAUCACCUUCUGUUCAGUCCUUAAUUCGUGGAUCUGGUCAGAAUGCAAACCCAUUUUCACUCAUUGGUCAAGUAUCUUCGGCCUCAAAAUGGCCCAACGUAACGUACAUCGCUCAACCUGCGCUCUCCUGGCUCGACUCUUUUACAGACUGGGCAUCGUCCGAUAAGUGUUGUCGGGUUAAUACCACUACCGGCAAAAUGUGCCCCAGUGAUAAGAAGGAAAGUCAAAGAAAAUGCAAAUCUUGUCGGAUCCGACUGACCGACGGAUCUCUCUCGGGACCGGAUUUUGUCCGCUAUCUACCCUGGUUUUUAGAGGAUAAUCCAUCCCUCGACUGUCCCUCCGGGGGUCACGCCCUUUUCGCCAAAGCGGUGCGAUAUAAUUUGACAAAAAUCGCCAAGAAUGCAAAUGAGACGACCCUGCUCUCAAUUGGGGACACGUUUUACAUGGCGUUUAACAAAGUGCUGAAAACUUCGCAAGAUUUUACUCAAAGUAUGAUUGAAGCGAGGGCAAUAUCUCAAAAUAUUUCGGACACGAUGAACUCCAGAGCCAACAGAACUGAUCUUCACGUGUUUCCGUACUCGCCCGUGUACAUUUUUUAUGAGCAGUUCCUCUCCAUUUGGAAGGACACCUUGGUCUCAAUCUCCAUCUCCUUUGUGACCGUGCUGCUCAUGACGUGGGCCGUUUUGGGAGACCCGGCCGCAUCCUUGAUCGUUCUGGGGACGAUUUGCAUGAUCGUGGUGGACGUGGGGGGAGCAAUGUUCCUCUGGGGGAUCAGUCUCAAUGGCGUCUCUCUAGUUAAUUUAGUUGUCGCUGUCGGAAUCUCGGUGGAAUUUUGCACCCACAUAAUUCACGCCUUCGUAACGUGUGAAGACGACGAGCUGGCCGGCAGUCGGGAAGGUCGGGCACGCUUUUGCCUCGUGGAAAUGGGAUCCUCCGUCCUGUCGGGAAUUACGCUGACAAAAUUUGGAGGAAUUGCUGUCCUCGCGUUUGCAAAAUCUCCGGCCUUUCGCGUAUUUUAUUUUCGCAUGUAUUUAGCAAUAGUUUUAUUUGGGGCGGUACAUGGGCUCAUAUUCCUUCCUGUCCUGUUGUCCUUCAUCGGACCAAAGGGUGCUGGUGGGGAUAAGGACAAGAAUGAUAAGAAUGAAAAGGAAACGGCGUCAUGACCAAAAACUGGGUGUAAAUAUUAUCCUAAAAAAUUGUGAUACUUUUAUCUUUACCAUCGUGGUAACAAAACUAUUAGAUUUAAGGAGACUCGUGUAAUGCAAAUAUUCUGAAUAAAAGUCAGUUUUAUGUUAAUCGACCUUAA